GUCUCCGGGUAAGAUGGCAGCGGACGGACAGUGCUCGCUCCCCGCUUCAUGGCGGCCGGUCAGCCUUACCCACGUCGAAUAUCCUGCAGGUGAUCUCUCUGGCCACCUCCUUGCCUACCUGAGCCUCAGCCCCAUAUUUGUCAUUGUCGGUUUUGUGACGCUCAUCAUAUUCAAGCGGGAGCUGCACACGAUCUCGUUCCUCGGGGGCCUGGCAUUGAACGAGGGGGUCAACUGGCUCAUCAAACACGUCAUCCAGGAGCCGCGGCCGUGUGGAGGCCCCCACACGGCAGUGGGCACCAAGUACGGGAUGCCCUCCAGUCAUUCCCAGUUUAUGUGGUUUUUCUCUGUCUAUUCCUUUCUUUUCCUGUAUUUAAGAAUGCAUCAAACGAACAACGCCAGGUUCCUGGACUUGCUGUGGAGGCACGUGCUCUCCCUGGGUCUCCUCACCGCAGCCCUUCUAGUUUCCUACAGCAGGGUCUACCUGCUAUACCACACCUGGAGCCAGGUGCUCUAUGGGGGCGUCGCUGGAAGCCUCAUGGCCAUCGCUUGGUUUGCCUUCACCCAGGAGGUUCUCACCCCUCUGUUCCCCAGGAUAGCAUCCUGGCCUAUCUCUGAGUUCUUCCUAAUCCGAGACACAAGCCUCAUCCCCAACGUGCUCUGGUUUGAGUACACAGUAACCCGGGCCGAAGCCAGGAACAGACAACGCAAGCUGGGGACGAAACUGCAGUGACCAGUGAGAGAGGUGGGUCCAGCCUCCAGGUCUGGCCUGCGCGACGCCAUGCAGGAUGGGUGGAACGACAGAGGGACGAAGCAGAGACCUCUACAGACCCAAGUCACCGAGUGGAGCCUUUUUUUUUUUCUUAUUUUAAUUUGAAUGAACAAGGUGGCCCAAAGGGCUGAGUCAGCCCCUCAGCCAGGACCCUGGAGGCCUGCUGCCAGGGGCCACACGGCCAGAGACCCUCGCUGUGCUGCUACCGGCCCCCGGCCGGGCGGAACGUGCCCUUGGUGUGGGCGCUGGGUGUGGGGCAGAGGAGAAAGGCUUGCACCUGUGCUCGCGGGACCAGGAAAUCCAGGUGGCGUGAAAAACACACACUAUUUAUUUUUUGGUUUUAUUAACGGCAGGCAGGAUUUUGGAGAUGGGGCCGGAAGAGCCUGCUCUGCUGUGGCUGCCCCAAGUGCUGAGGGGCCCAGGCCCUUUGCCUCCUCCUGGGCCUGAAAGGCGGCCUGGGGCUCCCAGAGGCGGGAAGCGCCCUGUACCGGCCCUGCCGCCACUGCCGUUCCAGAGCCUCGUUCAGUGUUCCCUUGUCUGGGGGCCGGGCCCAGGGAGAGCACGCAUCUGGCGGCUGCUGUCGUGUGUCCUACCCCGUAUCGACCCUGCACCACAAGGGCUUUCUCUGGUCCCCUGUCUCCCAGACAGUGGUCCCUUUCUGACAAAAGAGCCUGCACAUGUGGGUGAGCAAACCCAAGCUGUUUACAGCUCUUUUUGGUCCUGCCAUCUGGGAGCAGUUAGUUUUCAUCUCCACAAGAACAAAAUGCAAAGGAACCAGGAGCCGGCUGAGGGGAAGGGGCUGCGCGGGUGCCUGACGUCCCCGCCCUUCCCCUCCCUUCCCUCUUCGCUCUGAACAUUCCUUAUCCUUCCCGGCCCCCUCUGAGGGGCUGGAAGCUGGCCUGGGGCCACCCUGCAGCCUGUGUAUGGGGCAUGGUUCACAGAUCCCCACUGUCCAGCUCAGAGCAGGGUCCCUCCUAAAGGGACUCAAUCUCUUAAGUCUCUCUGAGAUGGGGUUGUGGAGGGGACCUGCUUCCAGACUCUUGGAAGUUUCUAGAACUGACCCAGGCUUGCAUGGGACCUGUGAUCAAACCCUACCCCUCCUUUUCUUUGUGGAGGUUCCUAACCCGCUGCUGAAGCACAAUGUUUGGGUGCUUUCUUUUUUUCAUUUGUUGAAGACAGUGUCUGUCCAAAAGCCAUUCCAGGUGCCAGGACCAGGGGCCUGUUUCUGGGGAAGGUUGGUCAGUCCCCACAUUUCCUCCCCUCCUCUUUCCUUCUUAUUUUGUACGUUUUGCCUGAGACAAGCCAAGUGUGAGGUGGUUUAAGAAAAAUCAAUGAAAUUGUUUACUAUUGUUUUAAAAUAAAAUCUUGAAC